GGCGUAGCCGCUCUCAGGCUUCUCUCUGCCUUAACUGGUUGACAACAAUUUUAUCUCACAUGUGAAUUGAUAUUUAUUACACGUCUUGUGUAUACGGAAUGUUUUAUAUUUUCUAAAUUUUAUUUAGUUUACAUACUUUAGUGUUUCUCGUAAGAACUGAGGGACAAGAACUAGAUAUACAGGAAUUAUUACAAUGGGAAAAAAUAAACGAACGCGUAAAGUAGUAACGCAAAGAUUUGCUCAGAUGAAGAAAAUGAUCAGUUUAAGCGAUUCACGAAUAAAACCAGAAAGACGUCUGCCAUCGAAGAAAACCCCAAAAGAAGAUAAAGCUAAAAUGAAAAUCACAGAAGUACCACAACAAUCUUCAGCAUUAUUUUUCCAAUAUAACACACAACUUGGUCCACCGUAUCACAUUUUGAUUGAUACCAAUUUUAUUAAUUUUUCUAUUAAAAACAAAUUGGAUAUCAUACAAAAUAUGAUGGAAUGUCUAUAUGCAAAGUGUGUACCAUAUAUAACAGACUGUGUGAUGGGUGAGUUGGAGAAGCUUGGACAAAAGUAUAAAUUAGCAUUGAAGAUUAUCAAGGACCCACGAUUUGAACGAUUACCCUGUAUACAUAAAGGAACGUACGCUGAUGAUUGUCUCGUGAAUAGAGUUACACAACACAAAUGUUAUAUUGUCGCGACUAAUGACAAAGAUCUGAAGCGAAGGAUACGAAAGAUACCAGGUGUGCCAAUAAUGUAUGUAUCUCAGCACAGGUACACGAUAGAACGAAUGCCGGACGCCUAUGGUGCACCCAGGAAAUAGACUUACUUUAUAAAAAUAAGUAUUUUUAUUGUGGGAACAUACAGAAGUUUUUCUUGUAAAUAAACCUUUGUAUCAUAAUA